UUCACAUGGCGCCCGACCAUACGAGGUGGCUGAAAAACUGGACAGACACAUCCUGUUUAGACGCAAACCGGCGUUCUGGUAUGUGGCGAGUGAGAAACACUAAAAAGCAUGUAAGGCUAAAACACAAAGCAUGCUCCUGGAAACAAAAUGUAAGAAGUGUGUGGGCAGGCACACGCUGUGGUUGUUUGAGUGGCAGAAAAAGUGCAAACACGUCAGUGUCAGCUGUACAGGGUGUGAACCUAUAACCUUGAACCACAGAAAAAUACGCCCUUUAAAGACCAGUUCGCCUUGCUUUCCGUUGGUGCUUCCAUCUGUGUGACACCAUCAUGAGAUGCUCCCGGCUUAUAUCUUUGGCUCUUUUCCUGCAUGUUGCUCGAUCCUUGGAGAUCCAGGGCGAAGAGCCCUCUCUCCAGAUCUCUGAAAACGUGACGGUGGUCCUGGGGGAGGACGUGUACCUGAGCUGUGAGUAUCUGGGCAAGAGUCAGAUCCAGAGCGCUGCAUGGAAACGGCAGACCAACGAGAGCAAUUUUGAGGGACUGGUGGGAUUUUCGAACAGGAGUCUGUUCAACAACUUCUCCAACCCUGACUCAAUCACCAACUUGACGGUUCAGGUGAAGGUUUCCAGUGUGGAAGCAGAGGGGGAGUACAUCUGCGAGUUCAAAUCAGAAGAGGAGUUUUUCUUUAAGAGUGUUUUUAUCACUGUAUUAGGUCGGCCUGAUGUUCAAAUCCUGGUGAGCGAGGAGCUCAUAAACAACACAUCCUACCAGUCUGUGACGUGCUUUGCAGAUGGAGGAAGGCCCCCACCUCAGAUCAGCUGGUUGGUUGGCAGCCUUCCUCCCUCUGGGUACCCCUUCACUGUCAAUGUGAGCCAAUCUCUUUCCUCAAACGGCCUCUAUAACCUGAGCAGCGUCCUCCGCUUCCCCACCCACCUUCAGAACGAAGACAACGUCACAUGUGUGAUCCAACACCCGGCCCUCCCUCACCCAAAACUCGCCACAGUGAGGGUCGAAACCUACGAGAGGCCAAAUGUGACUAUUAAAGCAGAGAUGGUGCAGGAAAGAGGAAGGGAUUUCUGGGUGGUCUCCUGCAUUUCAUCCGGAGGGAGACCCGACACUGAUAUCUCUUUGGCUCUGAACAUAACCGAGGGCUUACAAGCAAAAAAGGACUCGGAUGUGCAAAGUCUCUCGGUCCAUCUCCCUGCAGCUGAGUAUGACGGUCGCAGCCUCACCUGCAUGUUCACUCACCCCAAAUUCACACACAUGGAGGAAAGAAGCAUCACACUACCCGCUUUUUAUUUGCACAAAGUGGGAACCGCCGGCAGUAACUUUCAAGAUGCUGAGUGUUUGGAGCUGCAGGAAGGAGAGACUGAUGCUAUCAGCCUGCGAAUCACGAGCAAUGUGCCACGUUACAGCCUAAUCUGCACAAAAGAUGAUGGACCCCUCCCUGACAACGUGGAGCUCAUUGGCCAAAACCUCACAUUCUUGUCUGGAGUGAAGCAUCAGCACGCCGGUCUGUAUGAGUGUCGCUUCUCUUAUCACCAUCUCAACGCAGCUCUGAGGUUUAAUGUCACAGUCAAGCCUCGGCCUCUGCAGCCUGUUCCACCCACAAUCUCGGUUGGUUUGCACCGUGAAGAUGGAUGCUGGGUGAUUGAGUGUGUGGCGGCGGAAGCUGUUCCGGCGGCCAGCGUCUCCUGGCUUGUAUCACAAAGUGUUUCUGAGGAGUUCUGGGUCAAUUCCACCUCUUAUAAUGGAAGCCGCACUGUUAGAGGAGUUUUCCUCGUCCCUGUCUGCUCGCCGUGGGAGCUCACUGCAAAGUGUGUGAUUCAUCAUCCGGCGUUUGAGCGCCCGGAGAACAGGAGCGUAACACUCCCUCUUUGUGCUCGCCCAAACGUCACCGUCAAUACCAGCAUGGAGUGGAAAGACGGUCGCAAGUACACCAAGGUGUGCUGCUCUGUGAUCAGUGUCUCCUCUGCUGCUGAAAUCCUCUGGCUCUCAGAAGACGGCAGCAACAUCACUGAUGUCGUGCAGACUGAGCUCCUGGCUGAGGGUCUGGUAUCGGCCUGGAGUUCUGUGGACCUCCCUUCUUCUCAGUUUUCUGGUCAGAACCUGACUUGUGUAGUGAAACACGCAAGCCUGGAGACACCUGCAGAAAGAACGAUCCACAUUCCUGAGCACAAACCCCCUCUGUUGAGUGUAACUGUAGUGAGAGACCCUCAUCUCUGGCAGGCAGUGUGUGUCUGUGAAGGGGAGUGCAUCAGGACAAACCUUCAUUGGGUUCUCCCCAAAAGGGCAAGGACUGAACCCCCCCCACUGGCUGAAUUUGAAGAUAAUGUAAUGAAAGCCACGCUGACUUAUCAGUUUCCUCUGGCCCUGUUGGAGGGGCAGAACCUGACCUGUGUGUACCAGUUUGACCACAGGGUGACGGAGAACCGGACCGUCCAGAUCCCCAAAUACUAUAUCACCUCUGUGAGGAUCCUGAACCGUUCAUCUCUCCUGCGCGGCCACCAUAAUGAUCACAGUGUUGUAUACGGCCUGACAGUCCAAAAGAAUCAUCUCCGCCAGAGAAUACUGCUGGAUGUGGAAGGCAACGUGCCAGAAUACAACCUUCACUGUCAAAGGAGUGACGGCUCAGCAGUUGACGUGGACGAGUCUGCGAUGAUCCUCCAGGAUGAAGGUCUGUACACCUGCUGGGCGUCUUUCUACCACCACAAAGCCUCAGUGACCUUUCAAGUGGAAAUCAUGGAUGAAGGCGAACAGUUCAUGCAGAUAAUAGUUAUCUGCAUCUCUUCAGUCACAGCCGUCCUCCUCAUCAGCGGCGUCGUUCUCCUGGUGUUCUGCAAAAAAGACAAGAGGACAAAAUACAAGGAGCAGGAGUCAGUUUCAGCGCUGUCUUCUCUGAUGCAGGAGUCUGGCUCUCCUGAGGUGAAGAAGCCAGCAGAAGCAGCAGAGAACAAGGGGAUUGCUCAGCUGGACAAUUACGCCAUAGUUUUAGAUGUCAAGAGCGCACUGUAAAGGAUAACUUGACAUCAUGUAAAAACUAGAUAUAAACUUUUACUGUGACUGUGGUACAGUUUAUAUUUUGGGAUUUUUAUGCGAAUGUAGGAGCUGAAGAAAACUAUGCACUGAACUUUUGAAGAUUGUAAUGACUGGAAUUGUAUUGUUUUUACUUUUUAUGCAUAUAUUUUGUACAUAAAUCAUUAAACUUCACAUUUCUA